UUAAUCACCUUAAAAUUUUACAGCUACGUUGAGUUUCUCAAGAGAAUGGCACAAAUAUAAAACGAGAGUUACUCUGAAAAACUAAAUCAAAUUGCGAAGCUCAAAACUCACUCACUCCCAAGGUCCAUUCAAUUCCAACACCAAUGCGUCACUACGCGUAUUCCUGGCUCUUCAUCGGGAUUUGCGCCACCGCCUGGAUGCUCGCUUCGUCGCCGCCAACGGUGGAGGCAGGAGGAGUGGGAAUGGAGAUGGUGUGGAAGCCGUCCGUGGAAGAGGAGUCGGAAUUUGAGAUGGACAGCGAGAUCAAUCGGCGCAUUUUAGCGAGCAGCAGGUACAUAAGCUACGGAGCGAUGCAGAGAGACACUGUGCCGUGUUCUCGCACCGGAGCCUCCUACUACAAUUGCCAGCCUCGCGCGGAGGCCAACCCUUACCAGCGAGGCUGCAGCGCCAUUACCAGAUGGUGGAGCGUCCCUUGAGCAAAUGCUGGAAGAAGAAAAUUUGGAUGAAGCCAAUCUGGUGGAAGUUGAUGUGAAGGUCGAGCCUUAGAGCGCUCGUUAGAGUAGAUCUGUGAACGUUAGUGUAGUUUAAACGUUCGACCAUGUAUUUUGUAAGGUCGUUCGUCUUAAGCUUCUAAGUUUGUUUUGUCGUUCGUUGUUUUAUACAUUUAAGAACGUCGUUCAGAUUCUCAUGG